AAACAAAAAGUACAAGAAAACAAGCCAAAAAAUAAGAGAGAGAAACAACAAAACAGAAAUCAAGUCAAUCGAAAAACAUUUCAUGUAAAAUUGCGGCAGAGAAAAGAUGGCUACUAGAACUAUUAUAAAUUGUUUAAAUACCAAUCAAGCAACUUUAAAUGCUGGAAUUUCUAUAAGAAUUGAUCAGCAGCAGCAGACACCAAUGGAGAAUGCUCUGACACCCAUUAACAUUAAGAUAGAACCAUCGCAACAGGCCACUUCAGCGCUUAACAAAGUCCAAACGUUAUCAAUCAGUAAUUUAAGCAGUCUCAUAACGCAUCAACCAUUAACCAACAACAACAACAACAAUAAUAAUAAUAAUAAUAAUAAUAAUAAUAAUAAGAAUAAUAACAACAAAACCUUAAUUGAUAUUAACUGUAAAGAUAUUAAGCAACCAAAUCAACAGAAUAAUGAUUAUAGUAACGCUGUUGUUUAUCAGCAUGGAGAUGAGAAAUUUUUAGUGGCCAACGCCAGCCUUACCGCAGCACCGCAAUUGUUUCAAUUAAGUGCUGAUGAAAAAUUGAAUCUACCAGAACAGCACCAGCCACAAGCUCACCUUUUGACUAACGGUAACGAAAUGACUUGUGCAACAUUAUCGUAUAGCAAAAGCAAUAAUUUUGUUGGUUUCAAUGCGAAUGAUAUCAAUAAUGAUAAUGAUGAUGAUAAUGAUGCUAGUAGCGUUCAUAAUAAUAAUAAUGAUAAUAAAAAUAAUGAUGAUGAUGAUGAUGAUAUUGUUGUUGGCGAUCAUAUUGAAUACGAUAUUAAAACCGAAACAAAUCUUCAUCAUUAUAAUCAUCAUCGUCAUGUUGUAGAUCAUAAUGAACUAUAUAAUAAUCAUAAUAAUAAUAAUAAUAACGAUAGUAAUGUUUGUGGCCAACAACAACAACAAAAAGUAGAUAAGACAUCGUCUUCUUAUUUCUCUUCUCCUUUUCCGUAUUUACCAUCAUCUUGCAUACAAAUAGUGCAGCGUAAUGAAGAGUUAACCGAACCACAAGUUUGCUCUAAUGUUAGAGAAGAAAGUGGCCAGACUAGUCAGCAGCAACAGCAACAGCAGCAGCUCAUCAAUGGUAACAGUAUUGAAUGUAGAGAAAAUGGUCAUUUUCAACUAAACUCGAUGUAUAAAGAAACUCAUAAUAUUGUUAACGAUGAUAAUAAUGAUGUUAAUGUUGAAACGAAUACUAAGAGAGUUGACGACCAUCAUCACCAGGCAAGCAAUGACGUUGACGGCAAACGUUCAUUGGAAAUUUUAAACUCUAACAGUCUAACAACGAAAGCGGAUAGUAACACAUCAUCAAUAAAUACAACUCUAUUGACCGUAAACAACAUUUCAACAUCAACAGCAACGGUGGCUUUACGGAAUAUUAGUGAACUAUGUGGUAAAGAUUUUUGGGUGCAAAGUGAAAAUAAUGCGCAUAUCGUGAAAAUUCAAAUUAAUUCCAAACAACAACAACAACAACAACAAAAACAACUGUUACAAAGUCAAAAUUCUGAAAAACAAAUAUCUGUAGUGAAAAUUGAAAAUUCAGAAUUGAAUGCAAGAAAUAAAAUCGUAAUAGAUACUGAGUUAGUGAAUGAUAAUAACGAGAAAAUGGUGCAAAAGCCUUCAAAUGGUAAUGUAAGCGUAACUGGGAAUGCUACACAAACUUCCAGUAACAAUAAAAUUACAUCAAAUAAUAGCAACAACAGCAGCAACAACAACAACAAUAAUAAUAAUAAUAAUAAUAAUAAUAGUAAUAAGAAUAAUAAUAACACGGCAUCUGCUAUCACCACUACGUCUGGAUCUACUACGGUUACCGAAUUAAAUGUUUCGAAUCCGAAUUAUUUAUAUUAUGUGAUGUCUAGUGGACAAUUUUCACCCUGUGACACUCUAGACAGCGGCACUGGCAGUGAUUUGGAAAGUAAUGGCCAACAACAAAACUCUAUAUCUCAUACGCAGACAAGCAAUGUUUCCGCUUCUGUUAAGCCCAAUUUAGAAAUGCAUUGCAUGAAAGCGGCCAAGAUGCGAGUAAAUAAUGCCCCCAUAUCUUUGAAUCAUCAUAGCAAACAUCCGGCGUGUAAUUUUACUGACAGCGAGGAGAGUGAAGCAUCGUCCCUUAGUUGUGAUUCUUUGCAUUCCAAUGAAUUUAUACGACAAUCGUCCACGUCGCCCAUAAAUAAAAAUAAAAUUUUAGGCUCUUUUCUACCCGAUUCAUUGUUACGUGACAUACGGGGUCUUAAAUUUCAAAAUCAUGAUUAUGAAGCUGAAAAUGACGAAGAAGAAGAAGAGGAAGAAGAAGAAGAAGAAGAAGAAGAAGAAGAAGUGCAUGAUAAUUCAUCGACAGAUAAAUCUGAUAAUAUCUAUGAACCGAUAAAUACUCAAGACUAUCUGGUAGCACAUAAUGAUUUUGUGCAAACACGUAAUUGCAAUAAUCAAACUCAAAACAAUUCAAAGGCAACUGAUCUUUUAAGCUCAUCGGUCAAGCGUGCUUCUUUGCCCUCGAAAACAUUUCACUUGAAUCCCGAAAAUGGUACAUUUGUCGAUACAAAAAUGAAUUCAAUGCCACGCAAAUACGAAGCCGACAGAUAUUAUAAAUUUCAUAUUAACGAGCACGACAAUUUACGUAAUUACGGUACACGAUCUACGAAUGGUGACACUACUGAUUCGUUUAAUUAUGCGGACGAUUAUGAAACGCGUAGUUUACAUGAUGAUGCCUUCGCCGGUUACAAGGAUUUACGUUGUGGCUCGGCUACGUCGACUAUACGCUCAUCGAAGGGUACGGUACGUGGUGUCAAGAAUCGUGUGCGCAAUGGAAUAGCCACGUUCUUGCAAUUGCAACAACCAAAUAUUAAGAAUUACAAAGAGAAAGACUCAGGUAAAGUGGUACUCUAUACCACUAGCAUGGGUAUCAUACGUGACACUUAUGCGAAAUGUUCAAAUGUCAAGCAAAUAUUGCGAACACUGCUGGUGAAAUUUGAAGAGCGCGAUGUAUUCAUGAGUUUGGAAUAUCAACAAGAAAUUAAAGAACGCAUGCACUCCGAUAUUAUAAAAGUACCUCAACUGUUUGUAGAAGGCCAGCAUAUAGGGGACGCCGAAACCGUGGAGCGUUUAAAUGAAUCCGGUGAACUGAGACAAUUGCUCAAGCCGUACAAGUCGAUUGCUACGGCCUACACCUGUCAAACAUGUGGUGGUUAUCGUCUGCUGCCCUGUCCCUCAUGCAAUGGUUCUAAGAAAUCAGUGCACCGAAAUCAUUUCACCGCCGAAUUCGUGGCUCUGAAAUGUAUGAAUUGCGAUGAAGUCGGUUUGGUCAAAUGUCACAACUGCUAGAUGACCAUAAUAAAUGGAAGAAGAAGAACAGCAGAUCAAAUCUAAAGUAAAAGUAACAUAUAUAUAUAUAUAUAU